GCCGCUCAAGGCACGAGCGCAGAAACCUUGGUGACGCAGGCAAACAAGUUACUCAGCAACGCUUUGAUUUGACGUUAAUUAAUAUUAUUUUUACUAUAUAUAUGUAUAUAUAUUUUUAAGCUCGCUUCUAGACACUGCAGAGUUAGUUUGUGAGCAGAUCAUCAGGUUUUGACAUGCACUUCCUUGACUCACCCUGGCGGCUUUGACUACCUCGUAUCUUCAUGACAAGUUGCUUUGACGUUAGCUUAGCCAGCUAGCUACAGGUAGUAUCACCUGACCAUUUUACACACUAUUUUUGUCAGUUAGCUGUCAGUAAGGAACCGCUCCGAAGCCAUGACGGGUAGAGAAGAGGAAUAUGACUAUCUUUUCAAAGUGGUGCUAAUCGGAGACUCUGGAGUCGGGAAGAGCAAUCUGCUGUCCCGCUUCACGCGCAACGAGUUCAACCUGGAGAGCAAGAGCACCAUCGGUGUGGAGUUCGCCACUCGCAGCAUUCAUGUAGAGGGCAAGACGAUCAAAGCCCAGAUCUGGGACACUGCAGGCCAGGAGCGAUACCGUGCCAUCACCUCAGCAUACUACCGCGGCGCUGUCGGUGCUCUUCUGGUGUACGACAUCGCUAAGCACUUGACGUAUGAAAACGCGGAGCGUUGGCUGAAGGAGCUGCAGGACCACGCCGACAGCAACAUCGUCAUCAUGCUGGUGGGAAACAAGAGCGACCUGCGUCACCUACGAGCCGUGCCUACGGACGAGGCCAAGGCGUUCGCAGAGAAACACGGGCUUUCCUUCCUCGAAACUUCUGCUUUGGACUCCUCUAAUGUAGAGCUCGCCUUUCAGACCAUUCUCACAGCAAUCUACCGCAUCGUAUCUCAGAGGCAAAUUUCCGGACGUGGUGACACCGACUUCUCCCCCAACUCGAAAGUCGUGCCCAUCACGGUGCAGCCCACACAGAGCUCGGGCAAGCAAAGCGCCUGCUGCCAGAACAACUAAGCAGCCGCCAUAGCACAAUGGGAUUAUGGGUAAAAACCGACAUAAGGCUGGCCAAGGGGGGUUGCAAAGUUUGUUUGUCAAGCACAUUAAGACCCCCCCUUUCCCCUUAAUAACACAUGCAGUAGGCUUUAUCGGCUAAGCCCUAAUUCAACAAGUUAAGCUUUAACAUAGGGACCGAAAUGAAACGAAAGAAUUGUUAUUUUUUUCUCCACAGACUGAUUUAAAAUUCUUUAUAUUUUUUACACUAAUUAGACACAGCACUAGGAGACUAUUUAUGUCUAUGCACGUUUUGCUGGAGUAACAACUUAUAUCACCAACUAGUGCUUCGAAUGUGCUCAAGCCUGUGCAGAUGGGAAGAGGGUGAUACAGUGAAAUAUGUCUAUUUUAACCACUACACACUGGGUCUAGUUUUUAUUAAACAGUCUCCUGGAGGAAGCGUCCUUUUUUCUCAGUGGAUCCUUGAAAAAAAAAAAAUCGACUUCAUCUCUGUCUGCUGCGUCUGCCUGUAUUGUUGAUUUGUAAGAUGACUCAACUAGUGAAAAAACCCCUCUAUUUAUUUGAUGCAUUGAAAUAUCUGAGAUGACACUGUUGCGAUUACAUCCUGAUAGCCUGUGGAUUUUUUUAAACACAUUGUUUUAUUUAGAUGGUGUUUGCUGGUCUGUUUAGUCUGUUUAUGAUAUUUAAGGGUUGAUUAAUUGUAUUCUCUGCAGGGUGAGUAAAGCGUAAAGUGAACUAGUACAGUGUCUGUUUUUUUUUUUUUAAGCUAUUGAGUAACUAUGUGCAGAAAAACAGGGGAAAAAGUUUUCCUGCUCUGUUUCCUUUUGGGUGAUGCGGUUUUUUGGGUUUUUUUUUUUUGGUCAAAAGGUCUUAUGCUUGUUUGAAUGGAUCAGCUUUGCUUUAGGGGCUUUUCUAGGUGCCGUUUUAUCAGUGAGUCAUUUAACCUGGACUAAGACGGAGGCAUGAAACAGGAAGGCAGAGGCAGGCUCAUGUGGACGGAUUAUGUUGCAGGACUGAGCAACAGCGGCGCGCUGAGCUGCUCACUGAGGAGUUUCUGGUGUACUGGAAGGGGCUUGUCUUACUGUAAGUGAAGUCCUCAUUGCCCAUCCCUGUAAUAUACUGUAUGUAACCUGAAGAAAGCCAUACCCUCCGGGAUCUCUGUUAAUUGUGUCCCAUCUCUCACUCUAUUUCUCUGUUCUCCCUCCUUUUCUUUCUGGUUGGAGUCAUGGUCAUGGAGAAAGGGAGUUCAUGGUAGGUCAGAUUAAGGAAAAAAAGAGCUGUGGUGUAGGUCAUUUAUCUGUAGCUCUACUGCAACGUUCAGUUUUUGUCAAUUAGGAAGCCUCUUUUAAUUAAAUUACUGGUCUGUGAAGAAGUUGAUGUUUAGCAGUCAUCACUGACUUUAACGCCAUUCUCAAUAAAUGUAGAUUUGAAGUGUCGAGGUGUUUCCUGCAUUUUAAAAUUCCUCCAGUACCAGGAGUACCUCUCACCUAAUAAAAGUUGCAGCUCAUGUGGCAGCAAGAUUUUUCCACCCCUCAAAAUGUUCCUAGAAGAUUAAAUACUGCAUUGUUGCACCAAAAAUUGGAAAUGCUAAAUUAAAUGAUUGUCUAGUAAUCUGGGGAAAACACAAAUCUCUCCUUGGGAGCUUCCAUCUUGUUCUGGUUUCGUAACACAUGUUUAUAAAGAAACUCAAAAGUGAAAUGGAGAAGAAAAAAAAGGGGCUUAUUUUUCUAACAUUAAUUGCAUUCAUAUAUGAAGGGAUGAAAUGUAAGAAGGGAAUUUAUGUUGAUGCACAAAUCUGUAUAUUUGGAUAUAAUAUAAAUAAAUUGUGUUUGCUUUUAGCCGCUCGCCUCUUCGAUCUAAUGCUGGUGUUAGUUCAUAGAAAUUUCAACAGAUUUCAUCAAGAUUAUUAAAUUGAUUUUAUUAGAAACAUUUACAAUACAUGUUUGGAAAGUAACAAAAUAACAGAAACUAGUAUGGCAUACAUACAUUGGUCAAAUAUAAAAACAAAAAAAUAAAAAUUAACUCACAGAGAACAUGUGCUAAGAAAUAAACCUGCAAAAUUGUAUGCCUCGUGUGGGCACCACAUGAACGACCAAAGGUUUUGAAGAAAAAAAAAAAAAAGAGAAAUAAACAAGGUUUUGAAGUAUUGGCUAGCCAAAAACGAACCCUAUGGUAUGGCGAACCUUUCUCACUCACCAACAAGAACCUAAACACUUAGAGCAGGAGAUGCCGGUCCAAACUAAUGCACUAAGACCACUACAUGAGUUUAUAUGAAACACUUUUUCUACUGAGUCGGAAGAUUCUGAAAGCUACCAAAGACAGACUGUUGGAGCGGAGUUACCUAUCCAAAGCAAGCCCAAAAGAACAUGAUCACCCCUUAAACCCCCGCCCCGCCCUUUUUGAGUCACUAUCAUACUGAAACAAAUCAAACCACGCUACACAAUUAGCUUUGCCAUUAUGAAGUCAAAACAGUUGAGAUACAAUUUCACCAUGUAAGAGCUGAGGCUAUCCUUCAACAUAACAAGCCGCUGUUAUAUGUUUUCCUGUGAGAGUGAUGAAAAUCUACAAGCGAAAAAAAAAAAAAACAACCAAGUAUUAUUCAUCAGCCCUUUAGUGUAGUGUGUACAGAAAGCCUUCACUUGUAUGCAACAAAACAUUUUUAGUACCGUUUUCCAGCCUGGCAAUGAUACAAGAUACAUGCAAACUACUGUGUUGUAGAAUAUAUGAUUGUGUUCUGUGUUUACUGAUAUCGGUGAUAUCGGCAUAGAUCUACUACAUUACACUGAGAUAUAAAAGCGGAAACAGUGGGGCGUUUGAAUAUUUAAUGUAAUGCUCAAAACACUCAAAGCACACUAUUUUUUUUUGGGAAUUUUCUGGAAUGCAGUAGAUGUAGUAGAUAUAUGCUCAAAAAUGUGUAUAUGCACAAUUAUCCACCUGCUUCUCCAUUCCACACACCUCUGUGACGCCCUUUCGCUUCACUGUAUUCGAAACAGAUGAAGCGUUUAAAGUAAAAGUAGAAAGAAAUAAUAAUAAAAAAAAAUUCUAUACAUUAUUGAAACCAGAAAUGAGGGAGUAAAGGAUUGUGUUCAGUCAGCAGUAUGGGGUUAGUUAAAGAACAGCAGGCAAACAACACGUGUGCCAAGUGUUGAUGCAGUGCUAAAAUGUGAUUGAGGCACAAACUUGAGACUAAAAUACCUCCUAAUCCUAAAAAAUAUUUUUUUUUUAUUUUUCCUGAACUUAUUCCAUCAUUAACGCUUGAAAAUCUGAAGUUAAAAUAUAAUCCUUUAAAAGCCCCUACCACCCACCUCAUUUUACACCAUCAGAGGUAUGAAGGAUUUAUCUAACUUUUUUUUAUUUAUAAAUAAAAAAUUCUAUAAUCUUAAUUUUAGUAGAAAUCAACAUCAUGUGUUUUUAGAAAUAUAUUAACUUUCACUUUUUAUUAAUUAAAAAACAAAACGUCUCGAAGUUACUUAUAAAUAUGUUUGCUUCAUUUUAAGAUAUUCAUAAAUAACAUCCAGAUACUGACCUCUCCCUCUUUGUAUGAAAUAAUAACCCAUGUUAGCAAAAUAGAAUCUUACGAAAAAUGUUAUAAGACUUUCCCCCUUACUUGCUUUGUAUAGGGAGAAUCUAAACAGAUACGGUGGAGCAACGACUUUCCCUAACCAUGGCAUCAAAAACGUAAAGCUUUUGUCUUUGUCUGAUGGUCCAAAAGGCAAAUUAUACACAGAUGGAGUGGUCUGUUUUUUUUUUCUUUCUUUUCUUUUUUCUUUUUACAUUCACAUGCACUGUCCUGUCUACAUGAUAAAGGCAUUAGAAUUGCUUUAGUGCAUUUAGUGUCUUCGCUGCUGUUUUAUAGAUAAACGCCUGCAGUCCUGCUAACUGGAUUACGUCAAAGUGAUUUCUUUCUAGUUCUAUUAUUAAAAUUCCAUAGAUGUCAAUAUGAACACUAUGCAAAAAAAAAGUUAGAUUGUAGUUUUAUGGAAAUAUUGUGACUGCCAUGUAAUUGUGCAUUAGAUACUAUAAUAGAUAGAUAAAGUUCAGGGGGGAAAAAAAUCUUAAUACGUCAUUAUUUCAAACACUAGAUGAAGUCAUUACUAAAGCUCUCUGUAUAACAUGUAGCUCUAUUAUAUCCACAGAUCUGAACUGAUAAAAAGGUAAAUGCUCUGUAAUAAAUCAGCAUGCAUAACCAAUAUGGAUCUAAAAGGAUUAUUAAACCACGUUACCACUAUGUACUUACUCCAAAACUAAAGAGUUUCUUAAACGUUACCUUCACAAAAUACAACGCAUUGGCACUGAAACAAAAAAAUCCUUCCUUC